UAAAAUUGCCGGCCAGAAACACAGUCGCUCCCUCCAGUUCGCCACCAACAGUAACAGUAACACCUGUUGCUUCUUAUGAGAGCGCUUCAAAAGAGAGUUAAGGCCGCGUUUGGGUAAAUCAAAUGUCGAUGGUAACUGACACUACCUGGGUCGGAAAAAAGCCUCUCAGACGCAUAGGAGGCAUGUCCGAUGCCCUUUCCAUCGCCGCCGAUCUUGGAUUUGCUGUUGCACCUCCUCCUUCUCAGGAAGAACUCCAGAACUUAUCCACGACCACUGGAGAAAAAGGUGAUGACUUGAUUAAGGUUCUAAGAGAAUUAACUACUGUACAAAGAGAAAUAGCAGAUCUACAAGUGGAACUUCAAGGUCGAAAGGAUGACAAAAACGUGGCACAUUUGACACAUGUGAGUGAAAUGGAAAAGAAGAUUGAGACUUUGGCUAGGAUUACUACUAUACUGAAGGAUGUCAUUCAGAAUAAGGACCGUAUUAUAGCUCGUCUUCAACAACCAUAUUCACUGGAUUGUAUUCCAGUUGAAGCAGAAUAUCAGAAACAAUUUUCAGAAUUACUGAUGAAAGCUGCAAGUGAUUAUGGUGCCUUAACAGCAUCUGUUGCAGAUUUCCAGUGGAGUCAGAACUUUAAGGAGUCUCCUUCAGCAUGGGGGGAAAUGCUACGUCCUAUACCUGUUGCUUUAGCAUCCUGUACCCGAUUCUUUGAAGCAAUGUCUGCCAUGAGAGAAUCAUUUGCUACACUCCAAAAUUUGAAAGUCGGCCAUUUAGUUUCCCCUUUGCCAGAAACACCAGGAAAUAAUCCUUCUCAUAGACUACUAAGAGAUUCAGACUGUGUGACUCCUCCUUGGAGAAAUGAAUCUAGUUUUGAUGACUUAGCAGCCAAAAGCCUAAGGAAACAAGAACUCGAGAGGCAAGAAGCGGGUGAUGAAAGUAAUGAAAUGAGCGACUUUAAUCAAGUUGAUGGCACGAGUGAUAGCAGAUUGUCUUGGCCUCCAUCAGUUAAAAAGAGUGGUACAUAGAGAAAAGACCAUGCGUCAUUCAAAUUAUGUUUUCCUUAGAAUGAAUAUUGUGUAAAAUAUUUUCAUUUCAAUGAAAUUGUUCUUGAUCUUGCAUUAGAAGUCAAAUAUACAUAGAAUUCUUCAUUCACUUGUCACUUGUGCAGUUAAUGCAACUCGCGAAAAUUCUUGUAUUUGGUAUAGACAUCGUUUAUUGUAUGUUCAAUAUUGAUGUUUUUCAGGCAAAGUUAUUUUAUACA